AUGUCCCCGGACCCAGCCGAGCCACACGAAUUACCAUAUCAUGUAGGCCAGGAGAUCAAAUUACACCCAACCAGCCCCCGCGCAGACCAGGUCUCCGUCAUGAACGCCACAGUCCUCGACGUGUACGAAGCUGAGAACCAGAUGGCAUGUGUACUGCUGAUCGACGUGGACCCGCCGCUAGGGAAGAUGACCACGCCGAUGUCACUGAAGCUGUUCGACCGACGCUGCGCGGCUGAGGCCCGGAUCCAGAAGCUGGGGCGCCGGAACACCGACGCCGCGCACUGGGCUGCGUCGGUCGAGCGAGACUACCACGAGUACCUCUGCCAGCAGGCGAGUCACAUCGCCGUGGACCUGCUCUCGCAGAACGAGAACCCGCGCUUCCAACACUUGAGCUGGGCGCCCGCGCACAAGGAGAUCUACCUUGAGGGGCUCAUGCAACGGAGCUUGGCAAAUGAAUUGGCGGUCUGGCACCGCCUGCGGCUGCUGGAGGGCAAGAUUAUCCCGCGGUUCUACGGCGGCGUCUUGGCGACGUGGGAGGUCAGGGCAGAUGACGGGGAAUUCACCAAGACAGGCACCUGUCAUGGGUAUCUGCAGCAGUAUCGUGAAGGGUACAGUCUGGGCAAUCUGUGUCGGGAUUUGCCGAAUACGCUCUGGGGUACCGUCUGCGACGAUGUCAUGCACAUAGUGCAUACGUUUCAGGAAUGGGGCGUGCGAACGGAUCGUCUCAGUCUGAAAGACUUUGAAGUGUGGUAUAUCACGGACCCAGAUGAGGAUGACAACGCGAGCAGCGCCCCCUUCUUGCGAGUGUUUCUAGUUGACCUCCGAUCCUGUGUGAAUCGGAGCUCCCGCGACAGUGACUAUGCAUGGAAACAGCGUAGGGCUUUAGCAGAUGAGGAGUGUGCCAUCGCGCGAGACUUGGAGUUGCUCACGGGUUAUGCGUGGACAUAUCAUCGCUCGGAAGGUUCUGAUGCCAUGGAACCGGACUCUCCCCACGUCGAGCACGUAGAAGUGGCAGAGACCGAAGAAACGCCAAUGUCGCCAACGAACUCUGACAGAACAGGAACCCCGGGAAGUCCCUAA